AUGAGCUGCGGCGCGAGUAACCGGGAGCUGUACCUGCAGUACACGGCCGCGGCCCCCAGGCUGCUGGCCCGCGUCUCCCAGCUGCUCGUGCUCUGCCGGAACGCGGGCGUGUCCGUCCCGAAGGGGGUCAGAAACAUCUUUGAGUUCACGUGGGAGGAGCUCAUCACGGACCCCGCGGUGCCCACCCCGUCUGACAUCCUGGGCCUGGAGGUCAGCUUCGGGUCCCCCCCCGCGGCGCUCGUGGAAGCCCCGCCCGUGCAGGUCCUCGCCCAGAAGAAGCCCCCGCCACCGGGGCCACUGCCACCGACGCCGGCGGCCACCAGGGCGGCCAGGUACCCCGCGGCCUCCCCCAUGCAGGCCCACGGCCAGGAGACGCUACGCAGGUUCCAGCGACAGUCCAUCCACCUGCUGACGGAACUGCUCGGCCUGAAGAUGAAGGCCAUGCUGGAGUCUGCGUCCGUGGGCGCCAGCCCCCUGGACGUCGCCAGGCGCUUCGUGGAGGCCAGCCGGCUGCUGCACCUCAACGCCAAGGAGAAGGCCCUGGACUGCCUGAUGGGCGCGGCCGGGAGGAGCGACCACAGCGGGCAGAUGGGGAAAGAGCCCUCCAUGAACAUCUCCGCCAUGGGCGUGAACUCCCCCUAUCAGCUGACCUACGAGUCUUCUACCGCCUGUCUCAGCUUUUCCCUCUCGACCGGGCGGGAAGCCAGGAAGAAAACAGGCAAAUCGAAACCCGCGGACGACGCGAGCCCGCCGCCCAUCCAGCGAGGCGCGGAGACCCCCGCGGACGGCAUCGAGGUCAGCGACCCCUGCCCCGAGGCCCGGGAGAAGCUUCAGGAGAUGUGCCGCCACAUCUACCCGUCGGGAAACAUGGCCGCGUGCCAGAUCCCCACGUGCUGCCCGGGGAGGACCAUCACCUGCCUCUUCAACGACGGCCCCGGCGUCUCCUUCCUGGCGCUGUUCAACGCCGGGGGCCAGGGCUGCGUCCAGUACAGCCUGAAGACGCGCUGCCCGUACGUGCUGGUCUUGGACGAGGAAGGCGGGACCACCAACGACCACGAGGGCCACAUCGUGCACAAGUGGAGCUGGGCCUCCAAGACGGAGACCGUGCUGUCCCUGGAGUACAAGGUGAACGAGCACAUCAGGCUGAAGGUGCUGGGCCCGGACUCCAUCGCGGUGACCUUCACCUCCCUCGACGAGACAGUCCGGCUCACCGUGUCGGCCAGCAACUGUCCCCACGGCCCGGCGCACGACAGACGGCUCGUCCGCGGGGUCAACGGCGCCGAUGACAAGGUGUCGAAGAUGAGCCGGGCGCUGGCCGAGAUCAAGAAGCGGUUCCAGAGGACGGUGGCGCAGUUCAUGAAUUCCGUCCUGCUGGCGGCAGGGCUGUUCACCAUCGAAUACCCCGUUGUUGGGAAAUUCGGCCGGCCGCAGACGAGGCCCGGAGCUCACCUCGAGCGGAUCCCCAAGCUGAACGUGCAUCCGGGAGAAACCCCUCCGCGGUCUCUGUCGGCGCUGCCAGAGUCCUCCGUGGUGGAGUCCGUGAAGGAGGAGCCGGCGUCUGCCCCCGUGAGCCCUGUCCGGGGGAAGAAGACCGUCCGGACCCACGCCAAGGCCACCGUCACGCCCAGGUCGGCUUGCCCUCCGCGGCGUCGGGCGCUACGGUUCGCAGGCUGCGCAGAGAGCGCCAUGGGCGUCCGAGGCAAGGGCCGGGUUUGCCCAACAGAAUCGGGGACCCUCCGAGGACAGGCCACCCGAGUCGGUCUGGGCCGGGCUGCAGGGAUUUUCGGGCCGAGGAGGAGAGAGCUCGUCCGCGGGGUCAACGGCGCCGAUGACAAGGUGUCGAAGAUGAGCCGGGCGCUGGCCGAGAUCAAGAAGCGGUUCCAGAGGACGGUGGCGCAGUUCAUGAAUUCCGUCCUGCUGGCGGCAGGCUGUCCCAAAGCACAGUUCUCGGCGGCCCUGACUCCUCCAGGCUGCCCCUGCCGGGCCCACGUGGGUGACCGCGGGCCCCUGCGGGCCUGGGCUCUCCUGCCCCCUGCUCGUGACCCCGGGAACAAGCGGACAAUGUUCGCGGCAGGGAAGCUGCUCUUCGGGGGCUUCGUCCUGAACGGCUACGGCUUCAGCCGGCAGAACCUGCUCAAGCAGAUCUCCCGGGCCCGGCGGGACUGCGCCAUGGGCCACUUCCUGCCCGACGGCUACAAGUUCAGCGCGCCGAGCUCCGUGCCCAGCCGGGACGACGGUGCCGCGCCCAAGGCCCUCGCCGUGCCGAAAGACACCCAAGGAAGCUUCUCGUUGGCGCCGGGCGACAGGGUGGAGAAGGAGCCUUCUCCCGAAGCCGAGAAGAAGGCGAAGGAGCCGGCAGAGGAGCUGCUUGCCCUCGGCACGACCCGCAGGGGCAGCAGGAAGCUCUCCAGCUGGAGGAAGCAGCCCCCCAAGAAGUGA